AUGCAGUCUAAGCUCACCGUCGUUACGUGUCUGGCGAUUGCAUGGUCGGUUAAGAUGUUGGGGGCAGAAGCAAUGGAUCGCCACAAACGAACGCUAGUGUUCACAUCUGACAGUGCAACCGGGAUCCUGAUCGCACUUUCCGUACCGCUGAUUAUACCGGAUAGGAACAUCUUCUUGGCGUACAACUUCGAAGCGAACUAUGGAAUGCCGGGAGAUGCGAGUGAUUACACGCAGGGUGUGCUUAAGAAGGUGGACAACGAUCAGAUCAACCCGGCCCCGGAGGGUGAAGGCGCAGAAUCGGAGCGAAAGGCACGGGCCACGGUGACGAGUUUUACCCGCAAGCAGGUGUACCGGAUGAUCGAACUGAAUUUGAACCGGUACGGUUACGAUGGGAAGAAGUGCAUUCUGCGUAUGAUCUGCGAAACGGCCAGCCAUCCCGUUCGCGAUGUCAAUGGAAUCAUCGGUGAUCUUCUGCAGGUGUUGCUGACACCCUCCGCCUCAAGGUACGAGCAUUUACCGAGCGAGUUCUACGUGGCGGAGAGAAAAGGAAGGCGGGAAAAUUGUAUCAAGUACGGGAAAUACUGUCCCAAAAGUCCACUAGACGCAAUAAGCUUAAUUUUAUGA